AUGAGACUCAUCCACACCGCCGCCACCAUCAUCACCAUGGUCACCACCGCAUCCGCCGCCCUCAAGCCCUUGACCCCCGAGCUCAUGCUCGCCCUUGCCCGUCCCUCGACCGCUUCUUUGUCGCCCAACGGCCAGCUCGCCGUCCUCUCUGCCUCGCGCUACUACCUCGACACCAACAAGUCCAUCCGCAACCUCCACCUCGUCAACCUCGCCAACAACAACACCUUCUCUGACCUCACCCCCCAGGCACCUGACACCAACCAUGACAAUGCCCUUUGGCUCGACAACGACCACGUUGCCUUCCUCUCCAAAGGCCAGCUCUUUGUCAAGACCGUCUCCUCCGAUACCGAGCCUUACCCCCUCACCCAUUUCCCCGUUGGUAUCAACAGCGUCAAGUUCAACCAGGCUGCCAACUUGAUCGCCUUCAGCGCUGCCGUCUAUGCCGACGGAUCUCUUGCUGGAGCCAAGGAGAGGGAUGAGCACCUCAAGCACUACAAGAAGGACACCGCACUCGCCUUUGACACCCUCAUGGUUCGCCACUGGGACGAAUUCGUCCAGGAGAAGAAGAACAACAUUUUUAUCGCCCAUAUUAAGAAGAAUGGCGACAAGUUUGUUGUCGAUGGCGAGGCCAUCAACCUCUUGCUCAACACCGGCCUCGAGUCCCCCGUAAUUCCCUUUGGCGACCAAGGCGACUUUGACAUCUCCCCUGACGGCAAGGAGCUCGUCUUUGUUUCCAAGAUCAAUACCCCCGACAAUGCCUGGCAGACAACCACCCAUAUCUACACCGUCCCCACCGCCGGAGGUGCCGCACCAAAGUCCAUCAACCCCGAGAGCGUCGGCGCUGCCAGCCACCCCGUCUACUCAGCCACCGGAAAGUCCAUUGCCUACCUCCAGAUGCUCAAGCCCCAGUACGAGGCUGACCGUAACAGAAUCGUCGUCCACACCAAUGGACAAUCCCGCGUUGUCGCCCAGGACUGGAACCGCAGCCCCGGAAGCAUUCUCUUUGACUCCAAGGACGAGACUAUCUUUGUCACUGCUGAGGACCAGGGCCACGUCAAGAUCUUCCAGAUCGACCUCGAGACCGAGACCGUCGAGGCCAUCGUCAGCGAGCACGCCCAGAGCGGAUUGAGCCUGAUCGACGACAACACCAUCCUCUACUCGACUGCCUCCUUGACCACCCCCAACGACCUCUUCACCGUCGAUGUCAAGUCCAAGGUCAUUCAGCGCCGCACCCACGUCCAUGCUGAUACUCUUGCUAAUAUCCACCUCUCCAAGCCCGAGGAUGUCUGGUUCAAGGGAGAUAAGGGCAAAGACAUUCACGGAUUCCUCCUCAAGCCCAUUGGAUUCGACCCAUCAAAAAAGUACCCCCUUGCCUUCAUUGUCCACGGAGGACCCCAGAGCGCCUUCAACGACAACUGGAGCACCCGCUGGAACCCCAACAUCUUUGCCAGCGCCGGCUAUGUUGUUGUCUUCUUGAACCCCACUGGAUCGACUGGAUAUGGCCAGGAGUUGACCGAUGCUAUCAAUAACAACUGGGGCGGCUCUCCUUAUAUCGACUUGAUGAAGGGACUCGACCACGUUCUUGAGACUCACUCUUACAUCGACCAGACCCGUGUUGCUGCCCUUGGUGCCUCUUAUGGUGGUUACAUGAUGAACUGGAUCAACGGACACACCGACCGCUUCAACUGCUUGGUCAACCACGACGGCAUCUUUGACACCAAGAACGGAUACUACGCCACCGAGGAGCUCUACUUCCCUGAGCACGAGUACGGCGGUGUGCCAUGGGACCCCAAGGCCCGUGAGAACUAUGAACGCUGGAACCCCGCCAACUUUGUCCAGAACUGGAAGACGCCCACCUUGGUCAUCCACAGCGACAAGGACUACCGUCUCCCCAUCACCGAGGGCCUCGCCACCUUCACCGUCCUCCAGCGCAAGGGUAUCCCCUCCCGUUUGGUUUACUUCCCUGAUGAGAACCAUUGGGUCCUCAAGGCUGCCAACAGCUUGCGCUGGCAUGCUGAGGUCCUUAACUGGAUCCAGAAGUGGACUGCUCAUCCCAAGGCCGCUGCUGCUGCUGUUGAUGAUGAUGAUGAGCAGUCGGUUGAGUUCUUGACUUCUCAGGUCAAGUUGAACUAA